AGGGGAACCUCCGAUCCGGUCCGUGCUUUGCAAGCGCCCUGGCUGGCCCCGCGGAAGCCCCACUGCCCCGAGCUCGUCUGCAGCGGCCGGGCCCCACGGAACCCCUCGUGCCCCGAGUCAGCUCUUCGCCCCAGCCCAGCUGAGCGCCGUGGAGCCUGCGCAAGGCGGAGACUGAGGCAAGGGAGGGAGAAGAUGGCGGAGGCCGAAGUUUGGGGUACAUCCUAAAUUGGGAGAGUUAAAGUACCGACUACAAGUGGAUCCUCCCCAGUCACACUGGUGGAUAUUGCCUCUUGCGUCAUGGCAGAAAGCGAUGCAGCACCAACCAUAUCAAAAAAGUGUGGUCCAUACAUUUCAUCUAUAACCAGUCAUGGCAUAAACUUGGUGAUUCGUGGAUUAGUGCUGUUUUUUAUUGGCGUGUUUCUUGCAUUAGUAUUAAACUUGCUACAGAUUCAGAGAAAUGUCACGCUCUUUCCACCAGAUGUGAUCACAAGCAUCUUCUCUUCAGCUUGGUGGGUACCACCUUGCUGUGGCACAGCCUCAGCUGUGAUUGGGUUGUUGUAUCCCUGCAUGGACAGACAUCUGGGAGAGCCACAUAAAUUUAAGAGAGAAUGGUCCAGUGUAAUGCGAUGUGUAGCAGUCUUUGUGGGUAUCAAUCAUGCUAGUGCUAAAGUGGAUUUUGCCAACAACAUACAGUUGUCUCUUACACUAGCAGCUCUUUCAAUUGGACUAUGGUGGACCUUUGAUAGAUCACGAAGUGGCUUUGGUCUUGGAAUAGGAAUUGCUUUUCUGGCCACCUUGGUAUCACAGCUUCUGGUCUACAAUGGGGUUUACCAAUAUACAUCUCCAGAUUUCCUUUAUGUUCGUUCCUGGUUACCAUGUAUAUUUUUUGCUGGUGGCAUUACUGUGGGGAACAUUGGUAGGCAGCUGGCAAUGUAUGAAUGCAAAGUCAUUGCAGAAAAAUCUCACCAGGACUGAGGAAAAGCAAACUACAUCUUUUAUACAGGAAAAUAUAUGACAAACAACUGUCGGAAGAACAUGCUAUAAGGAACAUUUUGACUAU